GACUUCAUCCACCAUCCCGGAAGAAACGCUGUCUGAACGUUUGUGCAAGAAGUCCAACGUCAGUUCUCAACUCGUGUGUGCAAGACAACUCUUGACAUUUUCAAACAUUUGGAAUAUAUUCCGAGCGAAUAUUUCAGUGAAGUGAGAAUGUCACUGAACAAAUCAAUGCACCCGCGGAACCGCUACAAAGACAAGCCUCCGGAUUUUGCCUACUUGGCCUCCAAGUAUCCUGACUUCAAGCAGCAUGUCCACACCAACCUGGCUGGCAGAGCUAUGCUGAACUUCAAGGAGCCAGAGGCGGUGCGAGCCCUGACCUGUACCCUGCUGAAGGAGGACUUUGGGCUGACCAUAGACAUCCCUCUGGAGCGUCUCAUCCCCACCGUGCCUCUCCGACUCAACUACAUCCACUGGGUGGAAGACCUGAUCGGAGGCCAGGGGGAACCACGCAGAGGCAUCGACAUCGGUACUGGAGCGUCCUGUAUCUACCCCCUGCUGGGAGCCUCUAUGAACGGCUGGCAUUACCUGGCUACUGAGGUAGAUGACAUCUGCUUUGACUACGCCACCAGGAACGUAGAGCAGAACAACCUCUCGGACCUCAUCAAAGUGGUGAAAGUUCCCCAGAAGACCCUGUUAAUGGAUGCUUUGAAGGAGGAGUCAGCCAUCGUCUAUGACUUCUGCAUGUGUAACCCUCCCUUCUUCGCCAACCAACUAGAGGCUAAGGGGGUAAAUUCCAGGAACUCUCGUCGUCCUCCCCCCAGCUCAGUGAACACAGGUGGGGUGACAGAGAUCAUGGCUGAGGGAGGAGAGCUGGAGUUCGUCAAGAGGAUCAUCCACGACAGCCUGCAGCUCAAGACACGCCUGAGGUGGUACAGUUGCAUGCUGGGAAAGAAGUGCAGCCUGGCACCUUUGAAGGAGGAGCUGAGAAAACAAGGGGUCCCUAAAGUGACCCACACAGAGUUUUGCCAGGGACGGACCAUGCGCUGGGCACUGGCCUGGAGUUUCUAUGAUGACGUUACUGUUCCGUCUCCCCCCAGUAAGAAGAGGAAGCUGGAGAAGUCUCGUAAGCCACUGUCCUUCAUGCUGCUGCAGCCCACAGUGAAGGAGCUGCAGUCCCAGGCCUCCUCUAUAGGCUGUCCCUCCAACCCCAGGCCUGUAGAGACCAUCACUGCCUGGCUGGAGAAGACACUUGGUGACCUAAAGGUGCUGCACAAGCGUGUCCCAUGUGGGAGGAAGGAGCAGAGUCUGUUCCUGACUGCUGUGGAGAACACCUGGAUCCACGGGAGACAGAGACGCAGAGACCAGGGACGACACCUCAGAGAGCUGCCCAGAGCGCCCCCCAGUGGUACUUCCCCCACCCCUUCCUCAGUCACAGCCCAUCACCACUCCUCUACACACAUUCCGUAUAGCUCACACUCAGAUUCACACACUCCCACGGCAGCACAAGGGCCAGGCUGUGUUCCACAGUCAGGGACCAACCGAGCCGAUGGAGCCGACUCUCAGUGGGCCAGCGGACAGGAAGUCCAAAGCCAGGAGGAGGAAACCAGCUGUGUCCCAGUAAAGAACAGUGGGACAGAGGAGGAUGUCGUCAUGGAGUCUUCUCCUACCUCUAUAACACCCAAUACCACACUGGUUCAGACGGCACCAUCCACCACAACUCAGAAACAGCAAGGCAUAACCACCCCACAGGAAGUACCUCCCGAAACACAGGAAGAGGAAGUCAAUGCCACUGGACAGGAAGGGAUGCAGCCACAGAGCCCCGGCACUGUGCAACACUUCCUGUUUAAGUGCUUGGUGAACGUGAAGGCUGAGGAGCAGGAUGUUGCUGUGGAGAUCCACUGGGUGGAAGGCCAAAACAAGGACCUGAUGAACCAACUGUGUACCUACCUGAAGAACAUUCUGUUUAGAUUGGUGGCCAAGCCACUGGGGACAUAAUGGAACAUAGUUAACCUGUAGUACUGGGUCAUGUUCAUUAAGCAGAAAAUUGUAGAAAUACAGGCAGGGACUUUGGGAACAUAACUUACCAGUUGUCCUGUAUUGUUCUAUUUGUGACCAGUUUGUAGGAGGUAAAGUAUAAAAUGUACUUAUUUGCUGGUCCUUUAGUUUCACCAAGUCUCCUUGUCAAGGUUAUAAUGAGUAGUGAAUAUUUUAGUUAUUUCAAGUUUGAUAAAUUAAAAUGUAUAAAUGUAUGUUUUAGUAACAUGUUAUUUGUGUAUUUCCAUGUUCAGUUAGUGUUAUACACACAGGGGGUCUAUCCCAGAGACAAUUAAUUUGUCUAGGAUGCCGUUUCCAUAAGCAGCCACAAGAGGGCAGUCUAUAGCUGCAGCUAAUCCACUUGUUUCCUCCUGUUGAUGAAAUACAGCUUAUCAACACAUUCUGGGGAGACACUCGCUUCACCUUUAUAAGUGGCCUGUCGUAGUAUCACAUUUAGAAAGUGAUGCCAGCCAAAUUAGACGGCCGUAUCGACGACUUCAGCCGGUAAUGAAUGAUCUUUGUACACACACACUUUGGCUGAAGCAAUACCUCCUAGUAAUGCAGGAUUUCCAAUCUUUCCUCAGUCUUUCCUGUGCCUAGAGUGCCUGUACAUGCAAUUGUCACAAACAGACACACUUCCUGAGCAGAGAUUUAGUGGUGAAUACCAGGAAAAGCGCCCCAGCAGUGGACCCAACGUGUAUUUGCCACGUGCACAGGAUACAACUGGUGUAAAACAGUACUGUGAAAUUCUUAUUUUGAGAGCUCUUUCCCAACAAUGCAGUGCUGGUAAUAAUAUAUAAUCAAUGAACAGCAGCGUUAUGGUAGUAAUACGUCUAAUCAUUAUAGAAGCUGAGUGCAUGUGGCUGUAAGUGUAUGGCGUCAGUAAUGAGUGUGUCAGUGGGUAGAGACCUGCGGAUGGGCAUAGUCAGUGUGAAUAGCCUGAAUGAGAACAGUAGUUGUUAGCCAUUUAACAGUCUUAUGGCCAGGGGAUAGAAGCUGUUUAGGAGUCUGUUGGUCUGAGCCUUGAUGCACCGGUACCGCUUGUCGGACUUGAGCAUGGAGAACUCUCCAUGUCUCGGGUGGCUGGAGUCUUGGGCAAUUUUUCUGGCCUUUCUCAGACACCGUCUGGUAUGUACGUCCUGGAUGGCUGGGGGCUCGCCCCCAGUGAUGCGCUGGGGGCCGUCCGCACCACCCUCUGUAGGGCCUUCCGUGCAGUUGCCAUACCAGACGGAUACAACCAGUCAGGAUGCGCUCAAUGGUGCAGCUGUAGACAGUGUGUGCGUAUAUGUAUAUAGAGUAUGUGUCUGAGUUCACAGCUCUGUGUGAGUGCAACUGUGUCACUAUCACAUAGUGGCCUUUUUUUAAAGCCACAAUAUUGACUUCCUGUCUUUUUUUGUUGUGUGUUCUGAGGUCACACACAGCAGGCCUUUGAUUUGAUCAUCAGUUCCUGUGUGUGAGAAUCAUGUAAAGGUCAGUGUGAAAAACAGAACAGCAAUGUGCUGAUUACAACAUUGGCUUUUGUCUCUAGAUUUGACACAUCAUCCACAAAGAGGUGCCACCUAAAUUCAACAACAAAACAUUAUGGUACCUUUGGUCUUGAAAAACAGUUAAAUAGCUAUCAAUCCAGUAAAAAAACAAGCAUAAUGAUUGUUAAUUAUCUAAGUUCAAGGGGUAUGCAGCCAACAAAGCAAAACAGCAGUUACUGCUCAUAUAGUUAAACUGAGAAAAUGGACUACUCACCGAACAGCCAGACAGUUGGCGCAAGGUUGUCGACGCUCCGCCAUGUGGCGGGAAAGGCGUACUGUCUCUUGAAAUAACAAACGUUCGAAUUGCUCUCGUUUAAAGCCGCCCCGCACCACGUUGUUUGGGAAUUGACUAUUCCACCACGCCCUUUGCAUGACUAAUGGUACAUUUAUGACGGUAGAUACUGCAAAUGGUUGCAAUCAAUAAAUUACAUGUUUACCUUGACAUUACUUUAAACAGACACAACUGUGAUGACUAAUACAUGUAUGUCUGUAAAUGAUCGCUGGUUGUAGCUCAGUUAGUAGAGCAUGGCGCUUGCAACGCCAGGGUUGUGGGUUCGUUUCCCACGGGGGUUCAGUAUGA